AUGGUAUUUACCGGUGGCAAAUCAUCAAAGGCACCAGCGCUUUUCGAUAUUAGGAUAAAAUCGACCGAUCACGAUGUUAUUGUCGUAAAAGGGGCGCCUCAUGAGGCGUCGUCGGUGCUUUUGUCGGGCACGAUUGUUUUGUCUGUUUUGGAGCCGAUGCAAAUUAAAAAAUUGAAUCUGAGACUGUAUGGAAUGUUGCGUUUGAAUGUCAUGACAACUUAUCGGGGACCCAAGGGGCCUACCCAGCGGAAUCUUAAAUACGAUAAACGGUUUUUCGAGCAUGUGUGGGACAAUAUCAACAUUCAGGAUUAUUUCAGAAACCUUUACGAUAAUUACAGUUCUUCCAGACCAAUACCUAGCAAAUCGAAUUCGUCGUCGGCCCUGUCUGGGCUUCAACACAAGGCCAAAUCGACUACAUCGUUGAUGUCGUUGAGCGGAGGCUCUUCUAACAACUCUCACAUUCUUGUACAGGGGAACUACGAAUUUCCUUUUAGUGCAAUUUUGCCAGGUUCAGUCACAGAGAGUGUAGAGGGUCUUCCCAAUGCAUCUGUAAUUUACAAGCUUCAGGCUACCAUCGAAAGAAGCAAGUUUGCAACCGAUUUGAUUUGUAAGAAACACUUGAGAGUUGUGCGAACUUUGACACCUGAUGCCGUAGAGCUCAGUGAAACCAUGUCUGUGGACAAUACCUGGCCCAACAAGGUUGAUUACUCCAUUUCAAUUCCAGGAAAAGCAAUAGCCAUAGGCUCAGCCGCCCAGAUUCACGUUAUGAUCGUCCCAUUACUUAAGGGACUGAAGUUGGGACCCAUAAAAGUUUCCUUGAUCGAGUAUUCAUCAUACUGUGCCCCUUUCGGUGCGCCUACAAGCCAGGAGAGAAUAGUGAACAAGAUGAAGUUGAGCGAUCCCCUCAACCAUAGUGCAUCAGGUGCGAAUUUCGAAGAUUCGGAAACCUUUCAAGAUAAGUGGGAAGUUGAGACUCUUUUCAGCAUUCCUCCAAGUCUCUCCAAAUGCACACAGGACUGUAAUAUCUUGGCCAACAUUAAAGUUCGGCAUAAGCUCAAGUUCGUCAUUUCGCUAAUAAACCCAGAUGGUCACAUUUCGGAGCUUAGGGCCUCAUUACCCGUGCAAUUGUUCAUUUCACCAUUUGUUGCACUGGGUGUAAAAGCUACAGACUCCUUGGACAGCAGUGCAAAUGUUUCUGGACACAGUAGCGAAGCAGAGCCUGACGAAGACGACGAUAUGAUUUUCACGAACUCAGAAUUAGACCUGACUCAACUUUCAAGAAUUGGAGAUGGAAAUGCGGGCAACGUUUCUUCGGCCAGCCUUUUAGCACCUCCUAAUUACGAAAACCAUAUUUAUGAUAGGCUUUGGAGUGGUAUUGCUGUCGAGGACACUCCGGUUAACUCCGGCAGACAAUCGCCUGUGGCCUCGGGAGCAGAACCGAUGACUGAUCAGCAACAUAUCGAUGCUCUACAUCAAGGUCUUCAAAUGCUCAGUGUCGAGCAGGGAUCGGCAGGAAAUGAAACCGAGUCUAACGGGAGGCCAGAGAGUGGUCAUACCAUUAGUCCCGGUAACAUUAGAUGCGCAAGUACAACAGCCGCUUCUGAUUACUUCACAAUUCCAAUUCAAAGAAAUGCUCAUAGUCUACUUUCAAUCCCGGGAGGUUUAAAAUCACCAACCCCUAUGUUAUCGCCUGGAAUCGAUCAUAUGUCAAGGGUAAAUUCUUUUGGCCCACAAGGGUCACCAUCAUCAAGAGCUGACUGGAAAAUCAACACGAUGAGUCAUGUGCCCUCCUAUGAGAACGCCAUGAGAGGAGACUCUUUGCCCGUAGAUCUCCCACCCGCAUAUCCCGAUCAAAAUGGCGAUGAACGCAAUGUCGAACUGGAAAAGCCCAAGCUUGUUCAUCAGAAGUCUUCUCUUCUGAAUAGAGUGGGCAGCACAUCACAACUGUCUCAUGCCGCGCUCUCGAGGAGUAAUAACAGCUCUUCUUCGUCGCUUCAAAAGCUUGGUCUAUCUAGGAAUAACACAGGCGGGUCCAACGUUUCGUUGAACAUUUCACCUUCAAAUUCGGGAAAGGGUGGGACAGCUUCCAAACAUUUUGGGUUUGGAAUGACACCUCUUGCUCAAAGGAACUCACCAACCGAACUUACAGAACAAGGUGAUGAAGAUCUAGGUUCCAAUCAAGGCUCAAAAAAGGAAUUGGAUACCUUUGGCCGGUCUAGUUCAUUUGCCAGUCUCAAGGGACUUCUACAUCGGAAAGAUAAAUCCCGAACUUAA